AAAUUUUGAAAUUCGAUUUUCGAACGAGUUUAGAGAGCACGUUUGUUUGCCGUGAAUUUGCCGUUCUUCCUAGUACGUAUCUGUCGGUAAUGCAAUAACGAUAAUAUGUACGAACAUUUUAUUAAAAAGAAAAAUAAAUACAUGUGUGUGUGUGUGUACGUAUGUACAUAUAUAUGUAUAUAUUAUUGUCAAAGACAGAUAGUAAAUCCACAAAGAUUGCUAAAGUCUACGAAGGUUGUUAAUCUUUAAAUGAUCUCAAGACUAAACGAGAUAUGUAAGAAUAAAAAUUGGAAUAUGUAUAAACGAAAUGUUUUAUCGACCGAUGAGAAUAAUUCGAUACGAGCGAUAUAUACUUAUUACAGGAACACGUAUUCUUGUAUCUUGGUAAAUCAAAGAUCUCUUUUUUGUAAACAAGUCUUUAAAAUCUAUUUUUAACCCCUAAGUAAGUACGUUCAUUUUUUAAUAAAAAAAGAAAAAAUAUAUUUACGUUUGUGUGUGUGCACGUAUCAUAUAUGCGACUCUCUCUUACUACGAAGGUAAAUGCAGAGUGAAGUAUGCUUUUUAGUAAUACGUAAAAGAUGAUAGGAUCGACAGCUGGUGCCAUCGAGCGAAUGGUUAAAAUAUUAACGAAACCUUUCAAAUCACUCGAGCGACUUAGCUGUCAUGACGAUAAAGUUUGUUUACAUGGCAAUCGAGUUCUCGAGUUCUCAAAUCGUAUCAUUACGACUGCAAUAGCACGUGCCGGUAAUCGAACUUAGUAAAUAACAGUUUUUACUUUCGUGGAUCGUGUUACUCCUGUCAUCAAAAAUUGGAAUAUAAACGAGACGAGAGAAGUUUUCCAUUCCUUUCUCUACAAACGAAGAAAUAACUUGCACGGACAAACGGAAAUUAUAAAAAGUUCAAUGAUUCCCGUUCAACUUUCAACCGCCAUUUCUAACAGCGAGUCGAUAAACUGGAAAAGAUAUAACGGAGAGGAGGAAGAAGAUGAAGAGAGGUAUAAAUACGAGGAAGAGGAGGAUUUUAUCGAAGUUGAAUAUCGACCUACGGCCGUCCCGAUUACACGUGAAAUUCUACAAAAAAUUCAACGAGAAUUGGGUUUAAUUCAAUUGUGUUGGCCCGAAAAGGAUAUUAGGAAAGAAGUUUACUUAUUAACUCUGCCGAAUAGUUAUUGUAGUGUCAAUGAUAAGGAAAGGUUAUUGCUUUUGUAUGCUGAAAACUUUCGAAGACAAUUUCAUACUAAAUACAAGGAUAGAAAGCCUAUUUUAUUGGCGUGUGAAAAUGAAUGUGGCGUGCAGAAAUUUGUGUCUACGAGUAUAAGACGAAGUACACUGCCAUAUCCGGAACUGUACACGUGGCAGGGAUGCGCAAAAUUUGUUAGCGACUACAUAAGUUACGAGCCACUUGGCAAGGAGGAUCUCGUAUUGGUAAGAAAAACCUGAAAAACACUUUGACUGUUUUUUUUUCUUUCUUU